AUGCAAUUCCAAUUUCCCUUAUAAAAAGCUCUUUAAACAAACUAGAACGGAAUUAAUGUAAUAAGUGCCUCGAAUAGCCGAAGAAACUGCUAUCUAGACGAAGUAAUAGAUAGGAUGGGCGAGGCAUCAGCCAUCGUAAAAAAUCUCCCAGAUAUAUUAUUAGGCCCAAUAAUUAAAAUAGAUCAUUACGACUGCAAGCAAAUUCUACGGGAGUGAUCAAAGAAUUUACUUGAAAGCAGAUGGCAAAGUACAUUAUUUCAGUAACAUCGUAGGAUUGUUUAGGCUUGUUAAAAGUCGGCAAAAAGAAUCUAUUUUAUAGGGAUUACAGUGGAUCAAUUAAAGAAUUGUAACCGCUUUGUGUAUUGGAUUUUUAUGUUCAUGAAAGUGUUUAAAGGAUGGGAGUGGGCAAGGAAUUAUUCGAGGAAAUGCUGAAGAGUGAGCAGAUCAAACCUGAGAAAUUGGCAUAUGAUCGACCAAGUCAGAAACUCAUUGGGUUUCUUAAUAAACAUUACAAUCUGAACUAAUAUGUGCCUCAGAAUAAUAAUUUCGUUAUUUUCAAUUAAUAUUUUGGGCAAGGGACUCAACCAAUUGUGCAAGGAAGGAGUCAAAAAUAUUCCAGGAAUUCUCAAAUCGAUCAAUUGGAUAUUAUGGUGCAACAGAUUUCUCAGAACAAGAUGAAUUAAUAACAAUAACCCUAAUAAAAGUUAGGUUAUUAAAUGAGUCCUCCUUGGGCAAUCGAUAACAACACUAAUAUUUAUAAUAAUAUCAAUACACAACGAACUAAUGUUUAUAAAAUUAAUUGA